AAAUAACAAAACCCUAAAUUCACAAAAAUCACUAGGGUUCACUUGAUUCUAAAACCCUAAAAUUUUCAUUCGGCGAGACUGUGAGGGGGGGUCUGAGGAUGGCAUCGCUAAGCUGGAAGCACCAUACGCUAAUUCAGGCUUUGAUUUCACGAGGUCCUCUCAAAGAGCGAGAAUUUCAUUCAAUCUUCACCGGCGUCACCGGACGAAACCCAGGAACUGUUAAGAAGAUAUUUGACAAGUACCUUCUUGAGAUAAACAAGGAACUUUCAUAUGUUCACUUUGAGUUGAAGGCUUGUAGAGACCAGUAUGAUGGCCAAGUAUGUUAUGGAGUGGUUAAUAAUGUGUCUGAUGACCAAUCCAAACUGGGGACAAAAUAUUCUGUGCCACAGAUUGCAUUCUUCAAAGGCAUUAUAGAAGCAAUUGCACAGGACGAAGCUGCUCAAGGUCGCAUAUCGGGCUUUGAUGCACUCAAUAUCCGAUUGGAGAAUCAGAUAUCAGGUGAAGCCAGCAGCAGUCAACAGCAAGUCCCUGCUGCAUUCAAGAACUUUUCAAUGUCACAAAAGGAAAAAACUCUUGAUGAACUUGUAAGGGACAAAUGGCUGUGCCGCACAAGAGAAGGCAACAUCGGACUUGGUAUAAGAUCUCUUCUUGACCUGCGCAGUUGGUUCAGGAACAAUGAUGUUCCUUCCUGUGAAGUCUGCAAUGAAGCUGGAAUAAAGGCGGAUGUGUGUCCAAACGAAGGUUGCGCUGUCAGGAUACACAAGUAUUGCCUCAAACAAUUGUUAUCUCAAAGGGACGAUAAACGUUGCUCUGGUUGUGGCAAGCAAUGGCCUAUGGGUAAGAUUACAAAAACAGAAGCUGUUGAAGAAGCAAUGAAUAAUGAUGAGGAAAAUGAGACGCAAGCCACAGGUCCAAAAUCCAAGAGAAGAAGACAGCAUAGCAGUCAAAGAAACUCCGCUGAAAACAUUUCUUCACAAGCUUCUUUAGCUUCAACUAGUGGUGCUAAUGCGAGAAGAGUGACCCGUAGCGUUGCACACUUAAGGUAAAAAAAAAAAAACCGUUGAAGAACUCGUAUGUUAGGGCUUAGAUGUAUAUUUUGAUAUGCCUGUUUCUAUGUCCAAACAUCAUUAGAAAUUUGGUCUGAUCUGAUAAUUUUCUUUUGUGGAUCAUUGAUGGGAGUGUGAAACUCCUCCUCGGUUAAGCCUACAGUAUAUCUAAAAUUUUAAAUUGAAAUUCAGAGAAUUCGAUUUCAAUUACAA